AUGAGCCACAAAACAGCAGCCCUUUUCGGAAACUGCCGAAGACUGUUGGUAUCUGAAGCGCGCGAUAUUCACACUGCAGUUCCACAGUAUGUUCACCUCAAUGACGCAAGAGGCAGACCAUUAGGGGCGGCGGAAGCAGUCAAGGAAGAAGUGAAUGCAGCGGGGAAGGGAAUGACAGGCAAAUUGAAAGCCGUCUAUGACAGGGUGGCUAACAUAGGAAGCAAAGAGACCGAAACUCUCUUUGGAGACUAUCCAGAUGGAAACGUCGGCCGGCCCAAAUCACAACCCUAUGAUAGUACGGAAUUUGCAAGAAAAGGUCGCGGAAGAGGAGCUGUUGACGAAUUGGGAGACGCAGAAUGUGGCGGAACUGGAUCGAGACACAUGAAGGACAGUUCUGACUACAAGGAAUGA